UUUUUUAUAUGUACUUAUAGAACUUGCUAGCAAUCAACCGACUAUGACAGACAACGUAAAUUAUGUAUCUUCGACAGAACAGGAUCAGUUGAACAAGGGCGAGGAAGGCAAACAACCCGGUGGCGUGCUGCAAAAUUUCACGGUAUAUAGUUUGCCGGUAAUAUCUAAGGUAUGGAGUUUAUCAACUCCGGAUACGACCAACCUUGAAAAUGGCAACGAAAGUGAAGACAAUAUGGAGACUGAAGAAACAGACUUGAAGGAAGAUCCAACCGUUGAGCCACAACCCGUGGCUGUCAACGAGAAAGAAAAUUAUGAUGAAAUCAUUGAAAUCGAAGACAAUGAUGAGUUGGAAGAAACAGACUUGAAGGAAAUUCCAAUCGUUGAGCCACAGGCCAUGGAUCUUGAUAAUAAAGAGCCACAAGCCGUGGCUGUCAACGAGAUAGAAAAUGAUGGUGAAAUUAUUGAAAUUGAAGACAACGAAGAUUCAAAAAAAACAGACUUGAAGGAAAUUCCAAUCGUUGAGCCACAGGCCAUGGAUCUUGAUAAUAAAGAGCCACUAGCCGUGGCUGUCAACGAGAAAGAAAAUGAUGGUGAAAUUAUUGAAAUCGAAGACAAUGAUGAGUUGGAAGAAACAGACUUGAAGGAAAUUCCAAUCGUUGAGCCACAGGCCAUGGAUCUUGAUAAUAAAGAGCCACUAGCCGUGGCUGUCAACGAGAAGGAAAAUGAUGGUGAAAUUAUUGAAAUCGAAGUCAAUGAAGAUUUCAAAAAAACAGACUUGAAGGAAAUUCCAAUCGUUGAGCCACAGGCCAUGGAUCUUGAUAAUAAAGAGCCACAAGCCGUGGCUGUCAAGGAGAAGGAAAAUGAUGGUGAAAUUAUUGAAAUCGAAGACAACGAAGAUUUCAAAAAAACAGACUUGAAGGAAAUUCCAAUCGUUGAGCCACAGGCCAUGGAUCUUGAUAAUAAAGAGCCACAAGCCAUGGCUGUAAACGAGAAAGAAAAGGAUAAUGAAAUUAUUGAAAUCGAAGAUAACGAGGAGCCCGAAAAAACAGACUUGAAGGAAAUUCCAAUCGUUGAGGCACAAGCCAUGAAUCUUGAUAAUAAAGAGCCACAAGCCGUGGCUCUUGAUAAUAUGGAAAAGGAUGACGACAUUGAGGAAAAAGAAGAGUCGAAAGAAACAGAAUUGAAGGAAAAUCCAAUCGUUGAGCCACAACCCGUGGCUGUGAACGAGAAACAAGAGAGCGAUGAAACUGAUAAUAAUUAAGAAUAUCUAAUAAAAAAUAAUAUUAUAUAAGCAAUUUUUCUCCAUUAUUUAUUUUUCCAAUAGUAUAAUAAUAAUAUUAUA